AUGAACAAUGCACGACGUGAUUUGAUUCCACUUACAACGUCAAGCUUCAAGAGACCAAACCCUCCAUAUACCAUCCACGCUCUCCCUUCUCCUACUCACGUCGUUACCCAGUCAUCCGAUUCUGGGCUAGUCAUCCAACCAGCGAAACCCUCCCGUCAAGAUGGCAUCCGCCCUCCGUGCUGCUGCCUCCCGGGCCGCCAAGCCUCUUUCCUCAAGCAUCUCACUGCGCGGUCGCCACUGCGUGAUUACCGGGGCUCUGGCGCCCUCGGUACCUCCAUAGCUACCGAGAUGGCUCGCGCCGGCGCGCGCGUCACCCUUCUCGGCCGGAGCGAAGAGAAGCUCCGGCUCGCGCUCCAGCGUGUACUCGCCGCCGGGAUCCCCCAGUCCAACCUUCUCUUCAAGACCGAAUAUGAAGCGAUAGAUCGCCUCCUCGAGACCAAUCUCUCGCUCACCAUCAAGGCCUGCAAGGCCGCCACUCGGCCCCUGAUGCGUGCCGCUCCAGAUGCAUGCAUCAUCAAUAUGUCCAGCGUCCUUGGCACUCACGCGAAUGUCCCGAUAAAGCCAGAGCAGAUACCUCUAGGGAGAUACGGUGACCCUAGCGAGGUAGCUCAUGCCGCCAUGUUCCUAGCCACCAACCGUUAUGCCAACAACUGCAUCCUCAACAUCGAUGGUGGGCUGAGUGUUGGUCUGUUGUAG